UGUUGCAUAUUCCUCAGGCCCAGCCUCAUUUCUGGCAUUUUCCACAUUCUACCCGGAGAUACCGACUUAAAGGAGAUUUCGCUCCAGCGCUGAGAUUGCAUGUGCAAAAUUUACCAUGGGGGUGUCAGGAAUUUCAAUCUUUGCUUCCAAAACAGGCUGGCAGCAUGGGGGCCGAGGUAGGGUGUGAGCGCCACACCACACACUAUUUUCUACCCUGAGACUGGAAGGGGUUUCUUUCCAUCUCCCUUCUGCCGUCACACCUCGCCACCGCGUCUCGGAGGAGGAUGCAAACGGUCCACAAGCAAAUGCCGUUUAAUUCGGGCACAUUUUUCUUUGCCGGUGCCGUUUGCGGCAAUGCCUGAAGAGAACUGAACACAGGGCGGGAUUAUGUUGGCUGCAGCGGUCACAGCGGCACUGAUCUACCUCACGGUGCAAGACGCUGGAGUGUUGGCUCUGGGGACCGCAUGUUGGGACGAGCGAUUGACCCCAGCGGGGAGGAACGGCAGCUGUGUUGUUUCACAGCCCUUCCUGAUAUUCGGCCACGGGAAAGCAAUCCAUAGGAUGGACCUGGACGGGAAAAACCACAGAAGGCUCCUGUCCAAGGUGGCCACCACUAUCCUGCUCGAUUUCCAUUUCAGAGAAGAGACACUCUACUGGGCGGACAAACACAAGGGAAUCAUCUACAAGUCGCCCUUGAGAGGCGUGCACAGACAGAAACUGUACUCGUCCGACAAACACAUCUCAGGCCUCGCCGUGGACUGGAUUUGGAACGUGGUAUACUGGACAAGCGGGGGAAAGGGCAAAGUCAAAAGAAUGGAUUCCAAUGGGAAGAAUGAGAGGACUCUUGUGAGACACUUGAUUCAGCCCAGAUCUAUAGUGAUCGACCCCGCGAAAAGGUUUCUAUUUUGGCUAUCUGGUGGGACGAGGCCAAGCAUCCAGCGGUCGGAUGUGACAGGACAGACGACAACAACACUCAUCAAGCGAACGCAGCAGUUGGAGGCGCUGUCAAUUGACCACGGAGACAAAAGACUGUUCUGGGUUCAGUUCGGGCUGCAGGGAGAAAGCGCCAUCGCCUCCUCGGACUACAGCGGCAAAGCUCUGCACAUCGUAGACCAGCCCCUUCAGUCUGAUUUGCUGGGAAUAUGUGUCUUCCACGAGCACGUUUAUUACUCCGAUGCCGCAUCCCCAGCAAUAAAGAGAGUCAACAAGUACGCAGGCGGCCAGCCGGUGGAAGUCAAUAUCAAACAAAUGGCAAAGAUCCCAGUCGAUAUCAAAGUGGUGCAUGCCGACAACCAGCCAGGGGCGGACUCGCCAGCACCGCCUCCAGGAUGCGACGAAAGGAGCGGCAACUGCGUUAAUGUGUGCUCCAGCCGCACAGAGCAGGGAAUUUGUACGUGCAGUGAAGGUUUUGUACUCGGCAAGCAAGGCUCUUAUUGUGAAGAUGUGAACGAGUGUGCUCACUGGAACCACGGCUGCUCUCUCGGCUGUGAGAACAUUCCAGGUUCUUAUUUCUGUACCUGCCCCAAAGGAUACGCCCUCCUCCCGGACAAAAGGACAUGCAGAGAGAUCACAACCUGUGAAGGCGGCACCACAGAGUGUGGUCACGGUUGCCUGGCAACAGACGAGGGUCCAGUGUGUGUUUGCCCGAAAGGGUCCGUAUUGCAGGAGGAUGGGCAGACCUGUACAGGCUGCACGUCUGCAGACAGAGGGGGCUGCAGCCAGCUGUGCACACCAGUAGCAGCCACUAGGUGGCAGUGUGCGUGUCUGCCAGGCUACCAGCUCCAUCGAGACAACAAGCAGUGCAUUGCCUCAGGACCACCGCCAUAUCUGCUCGUCGCCAGUCUGGUGGGCGUCUACCGGUUAAAUACGGAUGGCACCGAGGGUCAUGUCAUUGCCGAGGAGCCCAGAGGAGCGAUCGUAUCUGUGGACUAUGACCCUGUGCACAACAAUGUAUACUUUGCCAGCACUUCCCAGAAGACAAUUGAACGGAUCGAUAUGAACGGUGGGUCUAGAAGAAGUCUUAUCUCUGAAGGUCUGGGCCUGAACAACAGAUUGGCUUUGGACUGGAUCAAUCGCAAACUGUACUGGACUGUGACAAGGUCUACCAGCCAGUCAUCAGUGGUCAGCAGUACCUUGGAUGGACUCAACAGAACAACGCUUCUGAGUGACGGACUUGACCAACCCACAUCGAUCGCAGUCCAUCCUCUGGAAAAGAAGUUGUUCUGGGCGGAUAUCGGACUACACCCGAAGGUGGAAACGUCUAAUCUGGACGGGACGGACCGCGCGGUGAUCGCAAGCACCGACCUUGUGUCGCCCGGAGGUCUGACGGUCGACUUCACGGAGGACCGCCUGUUCUGGUGCGACGGGACAAGGGUGGAGACGUCCGCGCUGGAUGGUUCUGACCGACGGAUCCUGUUAGAGAACCAAGUAGGCCGGCCUUUCGACUUGGCCGUGUUUGAGGACAGGUUGUGGGUGGUGGACAGGGAGCACCAGCAGCUAACCAGCGUGCACAAGAGGGCCGGGAGGGAGCUGCGACAUCUCCAUGGCAACCUGCUCCAACCCGCGUCCGUGACGGUGGUGCAUCCGCUUGCCAAACCAGGUGCAGAUGUUUGCCUGCACCAAAAUGGAGGCUGCGCCCAGCUGUGUGAAAGCAGGCUGGGAUUCGCCCGCUGUUCCUGUCCAUCACGUUUCACGCUGGCAGCUGAUGGGAAAAGUUGCUCGCCGAAAGCAGCUGAACAUGCAAACGACAAGCUGGCUAAUCCAACAACGCUACCGAACAACACCACACUAAACGAUGAGAGCACACCUCACACUUAUGCGGAGGCGGAGCCGAGGACGUUCACAGACAACAUGGUCUCAGACACGGACGAGUGUGAACUGGGGACCCACAACUGUGACAAAAACGCAGAGUGCCUCAACACAGGGGGGGAUUUCCUCUGCAAGUGCCAGGCUGGAUACCAUGGCAACGGGCAGACAUGUCAAGCGCUACAUGUCACCCCGACAUUAGUGAUGACGAGUCGCCCUGCGGAUGUCAAACCACAAAAUAGUGACUCUGUGGAGAGUUGCCCCCCCACGCAUGAAUCUUACUGCUUGUACCAGGGAGUCUGCAUCUACUUUCCGGAGAUGGAGUCCUACGCCUGCAACUGCGUGUCAGGCUACAUGGGCGAGCGCUGCCAGUUCAGCGACCUGGAGUGGUGGGAGCUCCGGCAGGCCGAGGAGGAGAAGCGGAGGAACGUGGUCAUCGCGGCCUGCAUGGUGGUCCUCGUGUGUCUGCUCUCCGCCGCCGCUUGCCUCACAUACUGCUGCAGACCUCGAGUAAUUUUCGGCAAGCGAUCCUCGGUGGAUAACGCGAGUGAAAGCAGUGUGACUGAUGAGGAUGUGUCAGACAGGGUCAAAGACAUUGUGCCUCAGGUCUACACAGGGGUUGACCACCACCCAAAAGAAAGUGUUCUCCCUGCAGUGGGUUGUCCCAGGAGGGCGGUAUGUCCAUCCUGCUCUUCAGAGACAGGGGACAACCAACAUGAAGAGACGGGAACAUGGUCUAACAGUAACCAAGGGUACGAGUGUUCAAUGAUGGCGUCCGUUGCCAUGGAGACCAGUCAGACUCCACUCCGUCAGUCAAGUCAGACGGCCAACAAGACCGUCCAACAUACUUCCGGUCCAGAGCCAACCGCUUCCUGUUCAGUUUAAGACUUGCAUUUCCAUAUUUGAACACUAGAGGUCAACAAACUACAAGAGUUGUUCAGAAUAUUAUGUUUGCUAACUUUUAAUGAGCCAUAGCACACGAGACAACCCUCACAACACACCAUUAAGAGUCCAAUAACUUAUUAUGUUAUCCUCCCUGUCACUAUGCCACUUGUUUAAAUAGAGAAUACAUUACGUACGGUAAAUAAUUGAUAACUCUCAUUCAAGUCAACAUUUACAAAUUCCAUUGGCACAGUCACAGAGUACUGUGGUUUUACAGUCCCUGAAUCACAAAACGCUAUUGUGUUUUGGUUGGCUUUGGAUUCAAAACCAAGCUGAAUGAAUUGCUUUAACUUUAUUAUUAUUAUCCUCAUAAUAAUCAUAAAGCAAAGCGUUGACACUAAGGGUGUUCUGCUCAGAUAUCAGCAAAGAUGCUGUAUUGGAUUAUAUCGGCCUGCAUCUAAAAUCGGUUCUGCUCCUGCUAACGUCGCUUCUUGCUGGCUUGAACAGAUAACAGGUAGUCUUCAUUUGAGAACCUUCUAGGAGUUUUUACUUCAAAAAAACUGUAAAAUCUAACAGUAACAAAUAAAGUAAGACGACAUAACUUAGAUGAGAUACCAAAGAACUUUCCAACGUAAAAGAAAUGCAUGAAAACACAUACGGUAACUCGAUGCUAAAUUACAUUGGCUAUGCCAUAUACAGGCUACUUAUUAGCAUUGGCGAUAUCAACACUUCUAAUUUGGUGAUCCAAACUACAACUAAGAUGCUCGAUACAAUCAAACAGCUGGUGUGUAAUAAGUACAAUACUUAUAAACGUAUAAACAUUAUGUAAGGACUACUUCCUGGCUAGGUCAAACUGAAAUGAAUGCAUACUUGCAAGUGCAAGAAAACAGGAUAUAUAACAGCAAAAUAUGAUACAGACUCUGCUUUUAGCAUCAAGCAUGCAAAGCCCACGUUAUGGCAACUGCAAAUCAUUUGAUCCAGCCUUUUUCUAUCACUCCACACGACAAAAUAAGUAAACAGUAUGUUUUGUUCGUGCUGAAAUCGGGUCAAUAUUGGCCAACGGACAAGGCUGCAAUAUCGGUAUUGUAUCGGGAAUGAAAAAGUUGCAUCACAUCACCCGUAAUUGAACUCCGUAAAAACUCAGUUCAAUGUGGAAUGUGACAGGUACGUUAUUUUCGAUACUAUUCUUUGUUUGACUAGAGUUCAACAAUAAAUGUCUCUAUAGGUAAAGGUGCCAUGUAGUAAUGUGGCCAGAAAUGGUACUGCAAUCACAGUCAAAAUGAUGUCGUCCCCUCCCACUCUCCUUGACUGAGGUUGCCAGAUACUCAACCCAAUCAGAAUCCUACUCCAAGGAACUUCAAAUGGACAUCGACGAGUCCAACGAUGUAGGUUUCUCUUGUUUAUGCUCCUUGCAAGAUGGUUUACGAAGUAGUUACGCCACGUUUUACCGAUGUCCGUUAGCCAAAUGUAUUUGUAAAGUUACGCAGCAAUAUCUUCGUCGGGAGUCGAGAGAGAUGGUUGGCAUUACCCUGCUUAAGUGUCUUGUUUGACCACUACAUAAAUAAUGACAUAUAAUAAUAUACAAUAUAUUAUAUAUGGCAUAGGCCUACUUUGGUGGCAAGCCAGACCUGUCUCCCAUUGAACAUGUGUGGUGCAUUAUGAAGCCUGAAAUAGCACAACAGAGACUGACUGUUGAACAACUUAAGCUGUACAUCAAGCAAGAACGGGAACGAAUUCCACUUCAAAAAUGUGUCUCCUCAGUUCCAAAACCCUAACGGAGUGUUGUUCAAAGGAAAGGCCAUGUAACACACUGGUAAAAAUGCCCCUGUGACAACUUUUUUGACAUGAGUUGCUGCCAUUAAAUUCUAAGUUAAUGAUUAUUUGCAAACAAAAAAUACAUUUUUCAGUUCUAACAUGAAAUAUCUUGUCUUUGCAGUCUAUUCAAUUGAAUAUAUGUUGAAAAGGAUUUGCAAAUCA